AUGGUGCAGACCAUCAAAGAUAUCAAUAUGCAAGUUAUAGAAGAUCCUUCUUUGACGAAGAACAUUGGCAGCCAAUCUGCCCAGAGUGGAGAAGUGAUUGUCACCUCGGUUAUUGCUAUUGGGGAUCUGGAGCUGCCCUCUGGGAUGGAGAAGAAGAAGAAGAAGAAGAUCAGGCAGAACAGACUCCUGUUGAGGCCACCUCUUCUGCUAGAAGAAAGAGAAAGGAAAUUGCCUAACCUGGGACUCCAGGUAUAUUUUGACACUGGAAGUCCCUCUCCUCCCCCUACUAAGUCAAAAAGACUUAGAAAGAGGAUUGUAGAGGAGUAUGUGGCCCCGGAGGGAACUGGGGCAGUUCCUACCACCACCUCUGGCACAGAUGAUGAGCUGAGAGAGGCUUUCGAAGCUGUGGAGCAAGAGAAAGAGCCGGAAGAUCUGGAAGAAGUAAGAGAGGGGCCUGAGGAGAAGGUCAAGACAGUGGAAGAAGAGGAAAUCCCUGCCGAGGUCAUAGCAGAGAGCAUUGACUUGGCUCAGAAGCAACAGGAGCAACAGGAGGAUAUAAGGGCAGGGCUGACUAGUUCAGAGUUGGCCCUGUUUGAGGAUCCAGGGGCAGAACAUUCUACUGCUGUUCCAGCAGCUGAGGAACAAACGGAGCAAUCUACAUCCGAGCCUGUGGAGCAGGCAGAACUACCUGCUGCCCCUGAACUGAUGUCCUUCCAGGUAGAAGUGCCCAGGUCUGCUGGCGUUCUGGCAGUGAUGACCAGUCCCUUGAAGCCUCCAAUUGUUGCUAUGCCUAUUCAUUCCCUUCCAGGUUCAUCUGCUACGGCCUCCUUUGCUGAUCCAGAACUGGCAGAGUUUGAAGCCAUGGAUUUAGAUGCACAACUAGACAGAUUGGAGAUGCUUAGCUCUCCUAUUGGCAAAGCAAAAUCCAAGGCAGUGGAGGAGAUUAUGAAGAGGCUGAAGAUCUGGCAGUCUACUGAACUAGAGCUAGAUGAGGAUAGGGAAGCCAUUGACCAGCUGAUGAAGGAUCUAGACCUGCUGCACAGAUAG